GCCCCGCCCUGCCAGUGGCCAAGGGCGCGGCUUCCUCGCUUCCCUGCAAAGCUGUGGUCUGCACCCGCCAAGCGGAGGUGAUCCAGGCUACUCUUCCUAGGUUCUUGAGGAGCUGAAUGACCAGUUUUUUCCAGGGGAGACUCAGUUCCAUUCCAGCAGAACUAUUCCGAUGAACUCGAGCAUCAUGCUGGGGCCGCCCUCCCACGUUCCCAGCCCGUGCGGGCAGUGAGGGCCAGCAUGGCUGUCCUCUCUAAGGAGUAUGGGUUCGUGGUUCUGACCGGUGCUGCCAGCUUCAUCAUGGUGGCUCAUCUAGCCAUCAACGUUUCCAAGGCCCGAAAGAAGUACAAAGUGGAGUAUCCUACCAUGUACAGCACGGACCCUGAAAACGGGCACCUUUUCAACUGCAUUCAGCGCGCUCACCAGAACACGUUGGAAGUGUAUCCUCCCUUCUUAUUUUUCCUAGCUGUUGGAGGUGUUUACCACCCGCGUAUAGCUUCUGGCCUGGGCUUGGCCUGGAUUGUUGGACGAGUUCUCUAUGCUUAUGGUUACUACACAGGAGAGCCCAGCAAGCGGAGUCGGGGAGCCCUGGGCUCCGUAGCCCUCAUUGGCCUCAUGGGCACGACGGUGUUCUCUGCUUUCCAGCAUCUUGGCUGGGUUAAAACUGGCUUGGGCGGUGGGUCCAAAUGCUGUCACUAAAGAAUUACAGGGUGUUCAAAAACUCAUUUUGAGUGACUGACUUUUAUUUUCUGUUUUUUUUUUUUUUCUAAAUAUAAUAAAAACUUACCUGGCAUUAGCCUCAUACCUAAA